GGUGCUUUACCUAAUGGAGACAGAGGACGAAGGAAAAGCAGAUUUGCUCUCUACAAGCGGCCCAAGGCCAAUGGCGUCAAACCCAGCACGGUCCAUGUGAUAUCCACACCCCAGGCGUCCAAGGCUAUCAGCUGCAAAGGUCAACACAGUAUAUCCUACACUUUGUCGAGAAAUCAGACUGUGGUGGUCGAGUAUACACAUGAUAAAGAUACGGAUAUGUUUCAGGUGGGCAGAUCGACAGAAAGCCCUAUCGACUUCGUUGUGACAGACACAAUUUCCGGCAGUCAGAACAACGAUGAAACCCAGAUCACGCAAAGCACCAUUUCCAGGUUUGCCUGCAGGAUUGUGUGUGACCGAAAUGAACCUUACACCGCGUGGAUAUUUGCAGCCGGAUUUGACUCUUCCAAAAACAUAUUUCUUGGAGAAAAAGCAGCAAAAUGGAAAAACCCCGACGGCCAUAUGGACGGACUAACUACUAAUGGCGUCCUGGUGAUGCAUCCACGAGGGGGCUUCACCGAGGAGUCCCAGCCCGGGGUCUGGCGCGAGAUCUCUGUCUGUGGUGAUGUGUACACCUUGCGAGAAACCAGGUCGGCCCAGCAAAGGGGAAAACUGGUGGAAAGCGAGACCAACGUCCUGCAGGAUGGCUCCCUCAUUGACCUGUGUGGGGCCACUCUUCUCUGGAGAACAGCAGACGGCCUUUUUCAUACCCCAACUCAGAAGCACAUAGAAGCCCUGCGGCAGGAGAUCAACGCUGCGCGCCCGCAGUGCCCCGUGGGGCUCAACACCCUGGCCUUCCCCAGCAUCCACCGGAAAGAGGUGGUGGAGGAGAAGCAGCCCUGGGCGUAUCUCAGCUGUGGCCACGUGCACGGGUACCACAACUGGGGCCAUCGCAGCGACACGGAGGCCAACGAGAGAGAGUGUCCCAUGUGCAGAACUGUGGGCCCCUAUGUGCCUCUGUGGCUCGGCUGUGAGGCGGGAUUUUACGUCGAUGCAGGACCGCCAACCCAUGCUUUCACCCCCUGUGGACACGUGUGCUCGGAGAAGUCUGCAAAGUAUUGGUCCCAGAUCCCGUUGCCUCACGGAACGCAUGCGUUUCACGCUGCCUGCCCUUUCUGUGCGACGCAGCUGGUCGGGGAGCAGAACUGCAUCAAAUUAAUUUUCCAAGGCCCAGUUGACUGACGCCCUUGACAGCCAUCUACGACUUUAUUAACAAGUUACUGUGAAGAUUUUGCCACUAACUCUAGAUUUUACCUUUUUGUAAUGUUGUUUAUUAAGGGCAGGGGGGACAGGGGCUGGGAGAAAAGAGGGACUUGGUGAUGAAACAGGCAGGAGUUGAACAGAUCCUGGUGGUGUGUUGCAUGCUCCAGACAGCGGCAUCGUCAUUGACGUCUGCUUGAAUAAACCUUAAUAUCUUUGUAAUAAUUGGA